AUGAAAUGCAGGGUAUUGUCAGAGGCUCGUGUUUAUACGAACAUAAAUAAGCUGAGAAGCGAGGAAUAUUGGGACUAUGAAAACACCACCAUUGAUUGGUCCACGAAUACAAAGAGUUACGAGAUUGAAAAUAAAGUAGGGCGGGGAAAAUAUUCUGAGGUUUUCCAAGGUGUCAAAUUAGACUCUAAAGUCAAAAUUGUCAUUAAAAUGUUGAAACCUGUUAAAAAGAAGAAAAUCAAGAGAGAAAUUAAGAUUUUAACGGAUUUGUCCAACGAAAAAGCACCUCCAACCACCUUGCCGUUUCAAGAAGAUCAAUACUACACAAAUCAGAAGGAGGAUGUUGUAACAUUCACUAGACCUUAUAUCUUUGAUCUGCCACACAAUGGUCAUGCAAAUAUAAUUCAUCUGUUUGAUGUAAUAAAAGACCCGAUCUCCAAAACACCAGCUUUAAUCUUCGAAUAUGUAGAUAAUGUGGACUUCCGUAUCCUUUAUCCUAAAUUGACCGAUCUGGAAAUCAGGUUUUACAUGUUUGAACUAUUGAAAGCCUUAGAUUAUUGUCAUUCAAUGGGGAUAAUGCAUAGAGAUGUUAAACCUCAUAACGUGAUGAUCGAUCAUAAGAAUAAGAAAUUGCGAUUGAUCGAUUGGGGGUUGGCUGAGUUUUACCAUGUAAAUAUGGAGUACAACGUUCGUGUUGCAUCCAGAUUCUUUAAGGGCCCUGAACUACUAGUGGAUUAUAGAAUGUAUGACUACUCUUUAGAUCUAUGGUCGUUUGGGACAAUGUUAGCUUCCAUGAUUUUCAAAAGAGAACCAUUCUUCCAUGGAACCAGCAACACAGACCAACUUGUUAAGAUUGUCAAGGUACUUGGCACAAGCGAUUUUGAGAAAUAUUUAUUGAAGUAUGAAAUAACUUUACCGAGAGAGUUUUACGAUAUGGACCAAUACAUCAGGAAGCCUUGGCAUAGGUUUAUUAACGAUAGUAACAAACAUUUAAGUGGCAACGAUGAAGUUAUUGACCUUAUUGAUAACCUGCUAAGAUACGAUCAUCAAGAAAGAUUGACUGCUAAGGAGGCAAUGGGCCAUCCGUGGUUUGCCCCAGUAAGAGAACAAAUUGCAAAAUAA